AGUUUAUAGACUGUAUGAUUUUACGCCACUAUCAGCCCCCAACCAUACAGAGAAGAGACGACCCUUUCGAAAUUCAGUGUAAGGAAAUAGAAAUCCAAAAAAUUGAUUGGCUUGCCUCCUCUUACGUCAUAAUACAAUAAAGGCUCAUCUUAUAAAACCAUGUUCGAUCGACCGGACGAGCGAAAGAAAGUAGCUGUUGUAACAAACAGAACGGACUGGCUAUCACUAUGUCGAAGAUCUGUAUUUUGCUUUUACUCAGUUCAUUUGCUAUCGCAUUAGGGCUUGUUCCACCGCCUGGCGACCGAGGUAAGUUACUGUUUUCUUUUAUGUCAAAAUGUAGAAAAUAGAAUUCAAACUGGGCCAUGAAAAUUUAGGAAUAGAUGAUUCGAAAUUUUAGUUACUGUUAUGAAAUUUCGAGGCUAGUUUUUUCUUUCUACUCUUUUAAAAGAACGUAGACUCGAGUUAUAACUCAAUGAACAGUAGUUUUGCGUGCCGUGUUUGAAUCAACGGUUGUAGAAGCACGUCCAGGUCCUACGAUUUGGCGCCAGUCCAAGAUAAGCUGUAGCACGUAUGCAUCCCGCGUGACAAAUCAUUUGAUACGGCAACUGAUAUCUUAAAUUGUUAUUAUUUGUUAUAAUUGAUCCCUGCUUGAUUUAAAUGUUAAAGAGGAGUGUUUCACGAAUACUGACAUUGACAGGAUAGAAAAAGGUGACCUCCUUUUCCUUCUCUGGGUGAUAUCAAGUGUUUUACAUGAGUUUUUGGGAUAUUUCAUCCCCCCUCUUCACUGGCACCUGACUAAAUACAAAGAAACUUGCACGAAACUUAAAAAUACUCAAACUCAUUCAAGGAAAUCUUCACAUGGAUGGUCAUUCGAAAUCAAUCAGAUGUGCCUGUGAACACAUUUUUUUUUGUCCUGUUUGAUUUUCUGCGGGUCUGAAAGCUUUAAAAUUUGUAUGUGGAGUGUUUGGAAGCUCCUUUGUAACUGACACUUGCAUAAUUUUUCUAAUUGACCGCGGAAAAUGUACAUUCAUCUGUUUCACAGUUACUGGAAACAGAUAACGUCAUUCAAAAGAAUCAUGUCUGGCAAGGUUCUACACCGUCUUACUGACUAUCUGAGAUUUUAAGUAGGAUUUUGGUUUCAUUCACCUUUCCCCCUCCCCUGCUUCUUAUAGCUACGCCUUCAAUCCACAUUUCACUUAAUCAUUUUUUUUUUACUUAAAGACAAACCGUGUGCGCCCUGUUCGUUACCAUGGCAAUUGGCAUACUCGCAUGAUAUCGACGGAAACUCAGUAAAAGGCUGGAAAUACUCGCUCGUAUCUGCUGUGUUGUCAGGUGCACGUGUGCGUGUCGUCAUUGGGACAGGUUACAGCACUGAAGCCGACAAUGUGCACGUGCAUGGCGGCCACGUGUUUGCUCAGCUUCUACAACACGUCAGCAAGGCCUCAUGGGAUAGGUUUCAAGAUAAUGCUUACUGGUGGUGGGUAAUGGUAUCCACUAAUGGAAUUAUGGAGAUGACCAGGUACAACGUGGGCUCACAUCAGCAUCGUGGAACCAACAGAGUAAGAAGAAGCAUUGAAUGGUAUGUACAAUUGGCAGGUCUUCUUCCAAAGCCGUCUUAUUCUCACCAGGCUAAUGGAAAUGGAGUCCAAGGUGUCUUAUACGAUCUCGAAAGCAACGUUAAAAAGGGUCAGGAUAUUCGCUGUGUCAGCAACAAACGGUAUUCCUUCCCACUCCAGAAUGUCGCCAUUGCCUCCAAGGGUGAAUACGUUUCUGGGCAAAGCUUGGACCACAUAAGCAUUAGCACUAAAAGCAAUUCUAUAGGGUUUCAGAGCAAUGCGUACUGGUGGUUUACUAUGUUGACCACUCGUGGAUCGCGUGACAUGUCACGCUGGACUGUUGGAACCCACCAGGACCGAGGCCAUAGCCAGGAUACCGUAGCGAUGGAGUGGUUUGUUGAUGGCUGCUGGAAGGAAAUCUUUGAACACGAUGCAAAUGGGAAGCCUCUUUCUGGAUCACGCCAAGCACUGACAACAGCUAUAUUGUCCGGUCAUCGUGUUCGCUUUCAGUUGCCUCAGCGGAAUUACUACACAGCUGAAGCUGACAACCUUUCUGUGCGAAAUGGCCAUGUGACAGCGCAGGCUUUGAAACAUGUUAGUAAGGCAUCUUUGGCUAGAUUCCAAGAUAAUGCCUAUUGGUACUGGUUGAUGGUCUCUACCACGGGAACCGUACGUGCGACAAGGUACAAUGUAGGUGAACAUAAGCAUCGUGGCGAUUCCACUGGCAAGCUUAAGGUGAAGUGGUUCAUCGACACAAGACCAUGGGGGCAAGUCCUGUCGAAUGAUCCAUCUGGUAAUGUCGUAAACGGAAGUCGUACUCAUCUGGUACACGCUGUCAGGACUGGAGCAGAUGUUCGCUGUGUGCAGGGAGACAGAAAACAAGGCUAUUCAUUCAAGGCUCAGAACCUGGCGGUGUCACCAGAUGGAAACCAUGUGGCCGCCCAAACUCUUAACCACGUGAGCAUGCAGUCGGCACCCAAUCCGAAUGAGGUGAUGAUGCAGCCAAGAGCAUACUGGUGGUUCACGAUCGUUUCCACCAAAGGCCUGAGAGAGAUGUCCCGCUGGACCGUUGGUAAACACGAGAAUCGUGGUAAAUCGUCAGAUAAAGUUGGAACAAAGUGGUUUGCCAACUACUGAUGCUCGAUGAUUCUGACUAUGAUAUGGUCGCACUUUGCUUUUUAUAAUCGAAUCAGUUAAGCGUUAGUGUUGCAUUCUAGAAUAUCAUAUCAGGUAGAGUAGCGCUCAGGAACUAGAUUACAACUAGAUUGCAAUUAAAGAUUGCAAUUAGAUUGCAACUAGAUCAAAAUAGAUUCAAUAUUCCCACUUGAAGUCUCGUAAACAAUGCCGAGGGGCAUAUUUUUUGAAAAAAAGAUGAGCAGUUUUUUGUUUUGAAUCAUUUUUAUCUAU